AUGGGUCGAGAUCUCCAGAAGCGCAAGCGGCGCUCAUCCCGCCCCUCCAUCCGCCAGCCCUCAUCGACCAUGCAAUCGAAGCGGCUGCUCAACCCACUGGGGAACGACAUUGUCGCAAAGCACUGGAACAAAAAAGAAACCACAACGCAGAACUACAAGCGCCUCGGCCUCGUCUCCCGGCUGAAAGCCCCCACCGGCGGCGUGGAGCCCAACGCCGCGUCGCGCGGCGAGAAGCAAGGGCGGCCGACGAAGCCCGUCGACCCCUUCGCGAUCCGCAAGUUCACCGGCGCCAUCGUGAGCGAGGUGCGCGUCGAGCGCGACGCCGACGGGAAGAUCGUGCGCGUACUCGAUGGGCAGAAGAAGCGGGAGAACCCGCUGAAUGAUCCGCUCAACGAGCUGGAUUCCGACGAGGACGAGGAGAUGGAAGCCGGUGAGGAGUGGGGCGGCAUCGAGGAAGGAGAAGGAAGCGGCAUCGUCCCGCAGCUGGAAGUCCAGGCCAACCGGCCCGUCGUCAAGAAGCCGCGCACCCUGACGAAGCGGGAGAUCGAGUGGCUGCAGAGGCUCGUGGAUAAGCAUGGCGAGGACACGCGGGCGAUGGCAAGGGAUCUCAAGCUCAACCCCAUGCAGCAGACCGAGGCGGAUAUCUCGCGGCGGAUAAGGAAGUGGAAGGGGACUUCUUCGGCUUAAAAGAAAAGAGAUAAAAAGGGGUAAGGGGGUUAUGUGAGCUCCUGUCUGUCUGGUGUUGCAUUUUCUUUUCAUAUACCUACCUAACCUAGGUAUAUCAGACGACCGCAUUGCAAGGCGUUAUUGGAUCAUAUAUGAGUUAGCAGGCCAUACAUACUAUAGGCCAGCAGCACUCGGCAUGCAACAAAAAGUGCUUUACAAAUUCGAUCGAUCGAUCCAUUGAUCCUUGGAAUGUGAAUAAGUAGUGUAUAGGGACUCAUAUCAUACGCAUCACCUUAUCAUACGCAUUACCUCCGUAUAAACAACAGACCUUCAACCUUCCAACCCCCAACUCCCAACCCCCCCCCCAAAAGGAGAAAGAAGAACGAAAAAACGAGACCACACCAAAACGAACGAACGUCACAUCAUUAAAAAAACCAUUCGUUGCUGCCAAGCUACCUAAGGCAUCCUAUCAUAUCCUAAUCCUCCUCCCAAGGCUGGCUAUAUAUGUAUUUGCAAUAAAAGUCGUAUCGUAACUUUGGGCCCUAUCGAACCAACAAAGCAAG